GCAGUCGGUCCGCGCUGUAAUGCCUCAAACUUUAGUGUCGGCAUGACUAAUUUGAGUCGUAUUUUUCCGUGAAAGAAUUACGAAAGGUUAUUGUGAUAUUGCUGUUUCUCGUAUAAUUAUGACGCAUCCAAACACCUGCCAUUCACGAUAGUGUCGGUAUGUUUUUGAAUCUGGUAUUAACAAAAUUGACAAAAGUUAAGUAAUUUCUGUUACAAAUACAUCGACGCCUACAACGCUUCAGUCUGAUUUGAAACGCUGAACUCUGAAAACUUAAAUACACGAUAAUGAGACAAAAAACUAAACAUAGUAUAGCUGACCAGUUAAAUGAAGAUAUUAUUGAUAACAAAAGUGACAGUGAUUUUGAUUUAAUGAAAUAUGAAGCUCUAGAAUUUAAACCACGAAUUAAAUGGCCGGAUUUAUUAGUUCAGCUGUGCUUACAUUCGACAACAGUUUAUGGCUUCUACCUCAUACUAGUUAAUCGAGUGAAAUUAUAUACUAUAUUAUUUGUUUUUUUUACUAUAUACACAUCGGGCUUCGGUAUUACAGCCGGCGUGCACAGGCUCUGGUCGCACAGAGCGUACAAAGCGAAUCUGCCUUUAAGAAUUUUACUCGCACUGCUAUUCACUGUCACUGGACAGCGCGAUAUUUAUACAUGGGCCUUGGAUCAUCGGGUUCAUCAUAAGUACACUGAAACCGUGGCGGAUCCUCACGACGUGAGACGUGGGUUCUGGUUCGCUCACGUUGGCUGGCUGGUGCUGACCCCCCACCCUGCCGUUGAAGAUCGAAGGAUCUCAUUGAGAAAAACGUCGCUGGACUUGCUCGCUGAUCCAGUUGUUAGAUGGCAGAAAAUAUUUUUUAUUCCAUUAUUUGUACUACUGAAUGUCUUCCUACCGAUCGCUAUUCCUGUUUAUUUUUGGCAAGAGAGCUACAUCAACAGUUUCGUGUUGAGCUUCGUUACGAGAUUCACAAUCACGCUGAACAUUGCCUACAGCGUGAACAGUUUCGCUCACAUGUGGGGAAAUAAACCUUACGACAGAUUCAUAAAAUCUGUGGAGAACAGAAUAGUCAGUUUGGCAGCUUUGGGCGAGGGGUGGCACAAUUACCACCACGUGUUCCCCUGGGACUAUCGGACUUCGGAACUAGGAAUGAUUAAUAUAUCCACAACCUUCAUAGAUGCGUUCGCAAAAAUUGGAUGGGCUUAUGAUCUGAAAGUAGCUACGAAUGAGAUGAUAAGGAACCGAGCGAGACGGAAUGGUGAUAGAAGUCUGCGACAUCUUGAGGAACCAGAUCCGACUGUCUCAUCCGAAUAGGAGAUAAAGCAGGGCUAUUAUUAUGAGGACAUUAAAAUCAGGAUUAUGUUUAGGUUUAAAUAUUCAAGCAAAUAAAAUUUUAACAUUAUAUAACGAACAGUCAAAAACAUUAACAAUUUUACAGUGAUGUUGUUGAAGGGACCAAAACAUAUAUACUUUUUUAAUACUUCCUUCCUGCCUGUCAAAAAACUGGUUAACUAUAUUUGUAGCUUAGAUUUUAGCAGAAUGUAUACUUUGCUUAUUCAGAAAUGUAUUUCAGAAAGAUGUUAAAAAUAUUUCGAAUAAUAUUGGUAUUCAUUUUAUUAUAAAAAAUUAUAAAUUUAAAGAAUGAGAUCUAAGACUUUCGCGAGUAUUCAUUUAAAUAAAUCUUGAAUUUUUCCGGAUUACUACGCGUAUUUUAUUAUUUUAAAAACUACAUACUCCCGACGUUUCGGUAACUUUGCAGUAACCAUGAUCUCGGGCAGACGUAGUAAUCCGAAAAAUAUUAGUUUCAUUUAUACAUAAAGAAGUUGUGUAUUUUUUAAAAAAACAAAUAUUUACACUUAAUGAAUAUUGCUAUUCGUUAAGAGACUAAUUAUAUACGCAUUAUGUGAAAUUAAACGAAACUAAAAUUACAUAUAGAGAAUUUAUAUUAUUUUUCAAAGAGAAAGAUUAAUUCCUCAUAUAUUCGCUAUAAUAACCUAGAUAUAUUGUUAUAUAUGGUUUAAAUUAACCGCUGAUCGCAGUACCCGCUUCACAGAGACUCGAAGUAGUCUAGACUAAGCGUCCAGCGUGACUAUAACGUUAAAAACGUUAGUUGUUAGUGAAAUAUAUAAAAAAAUUAGAAUAAAUUGUUUGCCUUUAUAACAAUACAACAUAAUCUAUGGCUGUUUUGGAAAACAGAAUUUUAUUUUUAUUUUUUGUAUAGUUAUUUAGGAAAUUAUUGUCAUAGUUGACAUUUAUUUUAAAUGUUUGAGAUGUUACCUGUUAGAGGCUUUAUGUUCAUAAAUGUUGAAUACCAUCUGAUACAAUUUAUUUUUUUUGUUAUGUUUUAUUAUAAUAGAUAAAUCAAUAAACGGAUAAUUUUUGAGACGAUUUUUUUAUAACGUUUAUAUAACGUAAAUGUAUAUAUGAUGUUUUUUUUUAUUAUUUACUUUUUACAGUAUAGUGUUGUAUUUUAUUGCAAACUGUAUAAAAAAUUAAAGUAUUGUCCCGUUAAUAACAACACAUUGAAAGCUAUCAGCAACAAUUGAUUUUAAAAUAAAUCUAUACAUCAGAUACUAUACAUACAGAUCUGGUUCAGUCUUCAGCUGCACUCGUGCAAUGUAUUCGUUACCCAAACUUUCAAAGAUCAAUGUUAUAUGUACUAUACAUAGUGAAUGUUUGUACCAAGUUUGCUACAAUCUUUAUAUUACUCGAUAAUCGAUAUAUCUACUUCCUUUGUAUGUUAAAAAAUGCUUUAAAUAAAUUAUCUUAAUAAA